CAUCCCUCGGAUGUACUAUGUGCCUGUGGGGAUCUCUGGUUGGAUUUGGGUAACCAGGUCCCAGUAGGCCAGGAUGUGUUUCUACUUCGGGAUGAUAUGUGUCUGCCUAGCUUGAUUCAGUUUCUAGGAUUGGAUCUUUGUUGAGUUAUGGUUUGAUUUGUUCAGUAGCUGUUGAUGUGGGUAGCUCUGUUUCUGCAAUAGUAAAUGCAGGGUCAACAAAACAACCCAUGAAGUCCCCCAACCCUGCCCAUUGAAGUCUUGAUCACAGUCUUGCCUCUGCAAUACCAGAGACUGGUUGUGUUAAUGGGUUAGCUGGUCAUAGGUUGGUUGUUGGCCUGAAGCUUGAGUGAAAGAUGAUCAGGCAGUUUACAUCAUAGUAGAAUGUCAGUUUAACAUCAGCCACAGAAAGGGGCAAGUCAGUUCUAAUGAGGAAGUAUUACAAACUUUUCCUCGAACACGAGCCAAAUGCAUGUGGCAUCUUUCGCGCCAAACGUCUGCCUUUUCAUUAUUUAAGGAGAGACAACCAUGAGGCACACCCUGUGAAGCACAGCGCUCAAACACGGAUGGUGGGCUAGCCGUGCACCCGCACAGGUGCCUCUAGCCAACUGACAUUAGGUUACUUGUUGGCUUUUAGCUUGGGUUAUAUACUUUGAUGAUCACAGAGUUUACAUCGUCAAUUUAGUCUUAUCAAUUCCCACUGAAGUAGAAUGCAAAUCUAAAAUCAGCUAUAGAAAGAGCCAAGUAAUGUAGAGGUAUAUUAGAUUUCUUUUCUCAACACGCGCCAAAUGUUAGUGGUUUUUUAUUUAUUUGGAGAGGCAACUAUGUGGCACCCCCUGUGGAGCACAGUGCUCGAACGCAGGUGGUGGGCUGACCGUACACCUGCACGUCCGCCUCUAGCCAACUGGUCGAGGUCCAGUUCCCGAAAGUCAAUUACAAUCGUAUGAUGUUCCCUUCAUGGAAGAUAUUGAGAUGGUUCAUUUACUCCGAGGUCUCCAAGCUCGCAUGUUGAUUUUGACCCUUCCAAAUCAAAGCGACUCUCGUGGCAUCCAAGGUUUUCUCUCUCACAUGGAGUGUGACCACUUGGUAUCUAUGGUGCAUGGUAAGAUAGGGUCAUCUGUACUUGUUACUGAUGGUGCUACAAAUAUAUCCGAGAACAAUAGUGAUGCGGGCCUCAUAUUUCGCCUGGCUGAUAGCAAGGACAUAGUUGUUUCUAAGAUUGAAGAUAGGAUAUCAUUAUGGAGUUUCAUUCCAAAAGAGCAUGGAGAGAGCAUGCAGAUUUUGAAGUAUGGAGCAAACCAAAGUGACCAUAACAAUGAUGAAACUCAAUCGAGCAGUGGUGGCAAUAGGCUUGUGACCAUUUUCAUGUAUCUUUCUGAUAUCAAGCAAGGCGGUGAAACUGUUUUCCGCAGAUCCGAGCUGAAGGAUACUCAAGCUAAGGAAGGGACACCUUCUGCAUGUGCUGGUUAUGCUGUGAAACCUGUCAAGGGCAACGCAGUUCUGCUGUUCAAUUCAAGGCCUGACGGAGUCGCCGACAAGGACAGUCAGUACGAGUCCUGUCCUGUCGUGGAAGGGGAGAAAUGGCUUGCCAUAAAACACAUGCAUGCAAGCAAGAUCGGUAAAUCAAAACCUUCGACGGAAUCCGAGGAUGAUGGUUGCACCGAUGAAGAUGAUAACUGCUUCAGUUGGGCCGCUGCCGGCGAAUGCGACAGGAAUCCAGUCUUUAUGAUUGGCAGUCCAGACUACUAUGGCACUUGCAGGAAGAGCUGCCAUGCGUGCUAGGUGUUUUUUGUUUUCAUACAUUGGCCUUAGGGAUGUUCAUAGCAUUUUCGUUGUUUAAUACAGGCAUUGAUGUUGUAAGUGGAAAAUGAUUCAGCAAAUUGUGCGAUGCCCACAGAUAAUCUUUAAUGUUGUCAAGAAAUGCAAGUAAGUACAUAGGUCUUGGAUUGGCUACUCUUCUAAAGUUAUGAAAAAAAACUCUGACCUCA